GGCAAGUCAACGUUGAUGGACACUCUGUUCAACACCAAGUUUGAAAGUGAGCCUGCGACGCACAACGAGCCUGGAGUGAGGUUGAAAGCCAGGAGCUACGAGCUGCAGGAGAGCAACGUCCGUCUGAAGCUGACUAUUGUGGACACGGUUGGCUUUGGUGAUCAGAUCAACAAAGAUGACAGCUACAAGCCUAUAGUAGAAUACAUUGAUGCACAGUUUGAAGCCUACUUGCAAGAGGAGCUGAAGAUCAAACGGUCCCUGUUCAAUUACCACGACACCCGAAUCCACGCCUGCCUUUACUUCAUUGCACCAACUGGACACUCACUCAAGUCCCUAGACUUGGUCACCAUGAAGAAGCUUGACAGCAAGGUGAACAUCAUCCCCAUCAUUGCCAAGGCUGACACCAUUGCCAAAAAUGAGUUGCACAAGUUCAAGAGUAAAAUCAUGAGCGAGCUGGUCAGCAAUGGAGUCCAGAUCUACCAGUUCCCAACGGAUGAAGAGACAGUGGCUGAGAUCAAUGCCACCAUGAGCGUCCACCUUCCUUUUGCUGUAGUUGGCAGCACUGAAGAAGUGAAGAUUGGCAACAAGAUGGCAAAGGCCAGGCAGUACCCCUGGGGUGUUGUGCAGGUUGAAAAUGAAAACCACUGUGACUUCGUGAAGCUGCGGGAGAUGCUGAUCCGAGUGAACAUGGAGGACCUGAGGGAGCAGACACACACCAGGCACUAUGAGCUCUACAGGCGCUGCAAGCUGGAGGAGAUGGGCUUCAAGGACACGGACCCGGACAGCAAGCCCUUCAGUCUCCAAGAGACUUACGAAGCAAAGAGGAAUGAAUUCCUGGGUGAACUCCAGAAGAAGGAAGAUGAAAUGAGGCAGAUGUUUGUCAUGCGAGUGAAGGAGAAGGAAGCAGAGCUGAAGGAAGCAGAGAAAGAUCUUCAUGAAAAAUUUGACCAUCUAAAGAGGACUCACCAAGAAGAGAAGAAAAAAGUGGAAGACAAAAAGAAGGAACUUGAGGAAGAGCUGAACAACUUUCAGAAGAAGAAGGCAGCAGCUCAGCUAUUACAGUCACAGGCUCAGCAGGCAGGUUCUCAACAAACCAAGAAAGACAAGGACAAGAAAAAUGCAAGCUUCACAUAAAGCCUGGCAAGCCAAGGAU